AUAAAAUGUAAUAUAUUAGAAGUGAGCUAUAUAUAUGUGUGAUUGAUAGCUUCCAUUGAAUAUAAACAUAUAUAAGUUUUAGGGAAACAAAUUUGAUUAAGUAGAGAAAAUGGAGAACAAAUAUUGGAGUAUCGUGAUGAUGGUGUUCGUUUUGAUGGUGAUGCUUGCCAUUGGUAAAAAAGAAAGUCUUUUAUGUGUAUUUAAAUGUGAAAUACACUGCAAAUUACAAGUCGCUUCACAUUGCUUCACACGGUGUGUCAACGAGCGAUGCAGGCACCUGCAGCCACCUACAAGGACCUUUCACUCAAUUUCACGCUCGCAAGAAAUGGAUAACAAAUCGAAAAUGGUGAUGAUGAUAUUUGUUUUGGUGGUGAUGACUGUCAUUGAAGGAGAAGCAAACAAUGACGAGAUAUGUUCACUUCAAUGUUCAAUGAACUGUCUCGAUCCGGAGUUAAAAACACCU